AUGUGUCGUUUUGUGAUCUACAAGGGCACGUCUCCCGUCCAACUCUCACAUGUCCAUCGCCGGAGACCGAUGAACGGAGAUGGGUUUGGUGUUGGACAGGAUGGUAUGAUUCUGUAUACCGACGAGGAAUUGGGUGCCCAGCCUUGCAUAUUCACGUCUGUCACACCAGCAUGGAAUAAUAUCAAUCUUACACGACUCGCUGAAAAGAUCAAGUCACCACUAGUAUUUGGACACGUACGAGCUACGACAGCGGGAUCAUUGUCUCUAGACAACUGUCAUCCGUUUGUACACGGAAAGCUCAUGACGGACGGAUCUAGUUCAUGCACAAUGGGUGGUAUCGCCGAUUUCCAUCUGAUCAAGCGGAAACUGCAGAGUCAAUUGCCUGAUGUCGCCUUGAUAUGGUCCAAGGCAACACAGGCGAACUCUGAAUGGGCCUUUGCACUCUUUCUAUCAAAGCUUCCAGACCCGAACGCCACGACCUUUAGCUCCCAAACACUGCGAAAGGCGAUGCUUGACACGAUUGCUUCCUUGAAUUACCUUUGCGGAAGAGGUUGGGAUUCACUGAGUCUUAUGAACUUUUGUGUAACGGAUGGGGAUGCUGUCAUUGCUACUCGGUAUAUCUCAUCACGGAAAGAUGAAGCAGCUUCCCUGUGGUUCUCGUCCGGCACAACGUUCAGUGAAUACGCCGAUGGCGGUCACUAUAAAAUGUCAAAGGCUGACAAGCGAGAGAACAUAAUCAUGAUUGCGAGCGAGCCACUUACGUUUGAACGAGCUGAUUGGAUGGAAAUAAAAACCAACACCAUGGUUGUCAUCACGCCCAAGAUGAAUCUCUUACAAAUACCGAUAAUUGACCAAUUUUACGUCGCACCUUCAGAUCCUAAUUCUGCUCGAACCAUCGAGUUUGCACGAGAGAAGGGGUUACUUACGCCUCGCAAGGAGCUAUCUUCGCCAUAG